ACAUUACAUGAUAGCCUGCAUUCCCCAAUCAGCAAACACCAUUGCAGGAUUGUGAGGUGACUAGACACAGCCUACAGCUAGACGCGAGCACCAUAGUCGUCACGGACGGAGCAGCCCGCGGCUGGUCUUGUAUCCCUGCCUAGAGCAAUUCGGGCAUGAGGACAGCAUAAUACAAUCCAUAAAGUCGCCGAGGUGAAAUGUCGAGCGAUGCUGGUCCCAGCAUUUCUCGAGUGUAUGCGGACGUGAAUGAGGGUUUGGGUAAAAAAUGGUACGAUUACGAGAAGCUCUCGAUCCAGUGGGGCGUACAGGACCAUUAUGAGAUCGUUCGAAAAGUCGGAAGGGGGAAGUAUUCGGAAGUGUUUGAAUCUGUGCACCUCCCGUCCGAGUUAAAGUGUGUCAUCAAGGUUCUCAAACCGGUCAAGAGACAAAAGAUCAAGAGAGAGAUCAAGAUACUGCAAAAUCUGAGAGGAGGUAUCAAUGUCAUUAGACUGUUGGACGUGGUUGGGGACAAUCUUUCUAAAACCACCUCCAUCGUCUUUGAAUACGUCAAUAGCACCGACUUCAAGCAGCUGUAUCCGACUUUGGAGGAUCAAGACGUCAGGUAUUACAUGUUUCAGCUGCUUAAAGCGCUCGACUAUUGUCAUUCUAAGGGAAUCAUGCACCGAGACGUCAAGCCAAACAACAUCAUGAUAGAUCAUGAAAAGCGCCAGCUGCGAUUGAUUGACUGGGGUCUGGCCGAAUUCUACCACCCGGGGACAGAGUACAAUGUCCGCGUCGCAACGCGAUAUUAUAAAGGUCCGGAACUCCUCGUCGACUUUCAAGAAUACGAUUACUCACUGGACAUGUGGAGUUUGGGUUGUGUAUUUGCCAGUAUCAUCUUCCGUAAAGACCCGUUCUUCCAUGGGAGCGACAAUGCGGAUCAACUAGUCAAGAUCAUCAAGGUGCUGGGCAAAGACGACUUUGAUAUCUAUCUAGAGCGAUACAAUAUAGAGCUGGAAGGUAUGAAUAUUUCCCGAUACCCUCGUAAACCAUGGCUCAAGUUUGUCACGACCAACAAUCAGCAUCUCAUCUCCAAUGAGGCGAUCAGGUUUCUGGAUAAGCUUCUGCGGUACGAUCAUCAAGAGCGCUUGACGGCGAAAGAGAGCCAGGAUGAGCCGUACUUCAGCAGUGUGAAAGCCGCGGAUGGCAAGACCCAGAGGAAAUGAGAGAUGAGUUUUUGGGCAUUUGGGAGCAUUGGCAAGAGUGUCACCUGUUGUCUGGUAUCAAGAUUAGAUGCAUUGAGAUACAUGUCCGGUUCUGCACGCC